AUGGCUGAUACUCGACACCUUCCGCUCCCUCCCCUCCCUCCCCUUCCCUUCCCCUCCCACCUCCGCGCCCGAGCGCAGCGGGCGCAGAUGGAGGACGGCGAGCGAGAGGGCGAGCCGCCGCUCGGCGUCCCGCAGCGAGACGAGGAGACGUCCCGGCCGCAGCGGCGACCCAGCGAAGCCUCCGUGGGAUCCUCCGACACGAUCUUCGAGCACGCCGUCGGCGCCGCGGAGGACGACAAGGUCGAGGAGGUCCGGGAGUCCAAGGAGGCGACGCUCUACAAGCAGCUGGAGAAGUUCAUCGCAGAGAGGCACGGCAAGAAAGGCUCCCGGCCAACUGUCACAGUGGAGGACGUGGCCAAGCACACGUCGUUCGAGGACUUCUGGUGCGUGAUCGAUAACAAGGUAUUCGAUAUCGGCCCCUUCCUCCGCGGUGAGGCCCGCCACCCGGGCGGCAAGAGCAUCUUCACCAGGCAGCUCGAGGUGUCUGGCGUAGAGGCCGGCGAGCGCUUCGUGCGCUGGCACAACCCCAGCGGCAACGCGGUGCGGCGGGCUCCGGACAGCUUCGUGGGCGACCUCACGGGAACGGGGGGGCAGGUGCGAGGCGUUGGGUGCGACGCGGAGUCCAGGACCACCCGGUCCGGCUUCCUGGACUACGACGGGCAGCAGGGCUACGACAACCGCCAGGAUUACAGGAACAUUCAGGCAAUGGAACACUACGACUUCGACUCGCACCACGGCGAUUACGAAGAGAGCGUGUUCCGCGGCCGCCCCGCGGGCGGGCCCAAGCAAGGGGCGGCGCGGCGGCGCCGCGGCGCCGCCCUCCGGCCCGGCGGGGCGAGGCAAGACCUGCGCGGCCCAACACCUCGCCGCCGCGGGCGCCGUGUGCGGGGCCGCCAUUUCCGCGGGGCGCUCCCGCCGCCGGGGCUGCGGGCGGCCGCGGGUGGAGUGCCCGCGUACGGCGUCGCCCUGGAGGAGCCGCGGGAGCCCGAGCCCGUCCCGCCAGCGAAGGCGAAGAAGGCCAGAUCAUUGAGUGCCUCGGCGCGCGGCGGGGCGCGGCUGGACGAGCAGGACCUCGAGAUGCUCACCGUGGUCCAGCUAAAGGCCCUACUGAGGGACGCGGGCCUUCGGGUGUCUGGCAGGAAGGCCGAGCUGGUGGCGCGCCUGCAGGCGCAGGCGCCGCAGGCGGCGGAGCCAGCUCCGCCAGCGGAGCCGACGAGGGCGACGAGGGCCCGCAGCUCGAGGGCGCCGCGGCGCCGGCAGAGCGGGGAGGCGGAGCCAGAGGGCGGCCGGCAGACGCGCCGUCAGGAGUGCCCCAUCGCUGCACCACGCGCCCGCCUCGCGGCGGAGGACCGCUCUGCCCCCUCCCCCGGAUGUCGUGCUGUUUCUCCACACGCGGAGCCCGAGCAGGAGGCGAACGCCUCGGAGGCCUCCGCGUCCGUCCUCGGCACCGAGGGCACGACCGUGGUGUCCACGGCAGGGGAGGCAGCCGCAGCCGUGGAGAAAUUGCGCUCGCUUGCAGACAAAUUCCACGCCAUCGACACAGAGACGAGAGGUUGGAGUCCAGAGAUGUCGCCGUACAGGAACGCUGAAGUGACAUGUUUUUCCAUCUAUUGCGGUGGCGAUGUGGAUUUUGGCAAUGGGCCUCGUUUGUGGGUUGACAAUCUGGAUGGUGAUGGGAACAAUCGCCACCUGGUCGGGCUCUUCCGAGAAUAUCUGGAGGAUCCGAACAUUCCGAAGGUGUUUCACAAUUUCUUGUUCGACCGUGCAGUCUUCGCGAACGAGGGCAUCUGUGUCGCAGGCUUCGCCGCGGAUACCAUGCACAUGGCGCGCCUGGAGCACUCCGACCGCCAGUCCUACUCUCUGGAGAAGCUGGGCGCCGAGCUCCUGGGCGAGGCGUGGCGCAAGACGCCGCUGAAGGACCUGAUGUCCAAGCACGAGCUGGCGUCCGCGGAGGCCCUGCAGCUGAGCCUCAAGCCUGGUGUGAGGGAGGCGUGGGUUGAUUAUUCCACCUUCGACACCGCAGUGACUUGGAAGCUGCACGACUACUUAGCAGGUGCCCUGCGGAGCAUGCACUGGAACGAGCGCGGGUCCAUGCUCGACUUCUACCAACAGUUCUGGAGGCCUUUCGCUGAGGUUCUGGCAGAUAUCGAGACGCGGGGCAUGCCCAUGGACGUGGAGAUGCUGCAGGGGCAGGAGGCCAGGGCCAGGCGCGAUCUGGAUCGGCACCACGCCUCUUUCCAGGACUGGGUCCAGAAGGAGUACUGGAGCAGGUACCCGGGCGCGGCGGAGCUGGAUGGCGCCGCCAGGGAGCUCAACCCGAACAGCCCGAGGCAGAUGCAGCAGUUGCUGUUCGGGAAGGGCAUCGCCACCGUGGCGUCGGUGCCCAUCGGCGGCCUGGGGCUCCCCAGCGCGGUGCUGCGGCGUGGCAGCGCAGGCAAUUCAGUCGCGGGGGACGUCGUCCGGAAGCUUGCGGGCGACAGCCCCGAGAGCGGGGAGGAGGGCUGCGGCACGGCCCUGGAGCACCUCGGGCAGGACGGCUGCGUGGGCCUUUCUAUCCAACGCAGGAUGAAGGAGAUUACCAAGAACAUCACUGGUUUCCUAGAUCCGUUGCAAAAGUUCGUGGACGAACGCGGUCGCGUGCACAGCUCGCUGAACAUUAUGACGACCACGGGUCGGCUGGCAUCUAGCCGCCCGAACAUGCAGCAGCUCCCAGGGCCAGGCAAGGACACCUACGGGGUGCGCGAGGCGGUGAGGUGCGCCGACGACCGCAGGUUCAUAGUCGCCGACUACGGGCAGCUCGACUUGAGGGUCUUGGCGCACAUGACGGGUUGCGGAGAUUUGAUCAAGGCACUCUGCUCGGGGACUGACAUACAUUCGGCGACUGCCUUCAACAUGUACCCGCACAUUCAGCAAGCAGUACAGCGUGGCGAGGUGUCCCUGGACGGCGGCAGCGACGGCUCGCCGCCGCCCCUGAAGAAUGUCUUCAGGUCCGAGCGGCGUUCCGGGAAGGCUGUGAAUUUCGGAAUCGCCUACGGCCUGACUGCGCAGGGCUUGGCACGGCAGCUGAACUGCACCCUCGACGAGGGCCAGGAGAUGAUCGACAAGUGGUACCAGGCGUACCCGGGCGUCCAGCGUUGGCAGGACGACGUGGUUGCCGAGGCAGAGCGCGAGGCGGCGCGCUGUGGCGAGGAGCCCUACGUCACGACCCUGAGGGGCCGCCGACGCCGGCUGUCUGGCUUGGUGAGGAACGGCGGGCAGGACCAGCAGCUGUCCGCGAGCGACGCGAGGGAGCAGGCGCGACAGGAACGGUGGCAGCGCAUCGUGGCAAAACGGCAGGCCACAAACUCGCCGAUCCAAGGCGGCUCGGCGGACAUCGUCGUGGAGGCGAUGCUGAAAGCUCACGGGUGCGAGGAGUUGCGACGCUUGGAAUUCGCGAUGGUGAUGCAGGUUCACGACGAGCUCGUCUUCGAGGGUCCCGCCGAGAACGCCACCGCAGCGUUGGCCGUGGUCAAGGACAUCAUGGAACGCCCUUUCCUAGAUGGUUUGGAGCUGAAGGUGCCGCUGGUAGUGGACGCCAAGGUGGCAAAGACGUGGGCGGGUGGCACAUAG